AAGUGUUUUUAUCCCUUUUGUUCCUUCAACUUUCAACAAUAUUUGAUCCAGUUCUUUUAAGCAUAAAAGUGUUUUAAUUGUGUUGUCAUUUGAAGCUCCACUUCAGAGCAGCUAAUGCUUGAUUGGCACAGCCUUCCGUCUCAAAUGCAUAUCGAUUAUCAUAGCAUUCAAUCAUAUGAGACUUAUUAAUAUGUUUUUCUAUUUACCACAGGUUUAAGCAAUAACCAUGGGGGAUGAGCAGAGUUAUGAAUAUGACGAAAAAAAAUACUUGGAAAUGUUUAAUAGCGAAAACACAAGCGAUGUGGUUAUCGGGCUCGUCCAACACUGCUCUACAUCUCACGUCAACCAAUUUGGCUCAGCCAUCAUUCCUUAUUUCUACUACAUCAACUUCCUCCUGAGUUACUUAGGCAACUGGCUUGUUUUAUUCAUCAUCGUCAAGCUUGAGAAGGUCAACAGCGUCACCAACAUCUUCCUCAUCAAUCUGGUCACCUCCAACAUCCUGUUUGCAUCCAGCUUCCCCUUCCUGGCCAAAUACCAUUCCUCCCAGUGGAUCUUCGGCACGGUGCUUUGCAAGUUGGUCAGCAGUGCCCAUCUGAUCGGUUUCUACAGUUCCAUCCUCUUCCUCACCCUGAUGACCUUUGACCGCUACCUGGCCGUGGUGCACGCGGUGUCCGCUGCCAAGAGCAGGAAGAGGGCGUACGCCAUCGGGGCGUCGUUGAUCGUUUGGUUCAUCAGUGUGCUGGCCAGUCUCAAUGAGCUGGUGUUCAAAGGCGUGUGGAAGGACAGCAACCAGGGCCUGAUGUGUGAGGAGACAGGAUACCCCGCCGACGUCGUCAAACAGUGGAAACUGGUCAGCUACUACAUGCGGUUCCUCCUCUUCUUCCUGCUGCCCCUCUUCAUGGUGAUGUACUGCUACACCUGCAUCACCGUGCGGAUCAUGUCCACUCGCAUGAGGGAGAAAUGGCGCUCGGUGAAGCUGAUAUUCAUCAUCAUGUUCACCUUCUUCGUUUGCUGGACUCCCUAUAACAUCGUGAUCCUGCUGAAGGCCAUUCAGAUCUCCACAGCCGACGAAGCAAACCCGAUGUGCGUUCAGGUCGAAGCUCUGAACUUUGCGGUAAUGACUAGAAGACCUUCUGGGGGCGGACGCCUACGCCUGUUCACCCAACAGCAGGAACUCUCCAUUGUGGACCUGGUCCGAGCAAACAGUGCAAUCCGUCUCAACCAGCUACAGCAACAAAUACUUGCAGAUAGAGAAGUAUUCAAAAGCAAAGAACGAGUAAGCAUUUCCACUAUCAGACGCAUCUUGGUAAAGCACCAAACUACCAUUAAGCAAUUGUACAGGGUCCCAUUUCAGAGAAACAGUGUCAGGGUCAAAGGACUUCGACGUGAAUAUGUACAGGUAAUUGUUACAGUCCUUUACAUUUACAAUACAGUAUUGGUGUCAUCCAGUUACAGCUGAAUGUGUGCCAUUGUAUCAGUACCACAUAGAUACAUUCAGAGAGGUACCAGGUACCUGUUUGAUGGGGUGGGGGUUCUGUAUGUUUAGUACUGUAGUUUAGUGUUUUGAGUAAUGCCAUCCAAAAUAUGUAUUGCAUGUAUUUUGUUUUGUUAAGGAGCAUCUUGGAGAUGGAUGGAGCUGCACAGCCUCAUGAAUUGAUUUACAUUGAUGAGGCUGGAUUCAACCUCAGCAAAACAAGACGACGGGGUCGUGACAUAAUUGGCCAAAGGGCAAUUGUGCAAGUCCCGGGGCAGCGCGGGGAAAUAUCUCACUGUGUGCUGCCAUAAGCCUUCUAGGGCUACUGCACCAUCAAACAAAACUAGGUCCCUUCAAUACCGAAGAUAUAAUAACAUUUCUGGAUGCACUUCACGAUGCAGCUGUACAGGACAGACCAGAGCGGCCCAGGUUUGUUGUUGUCUGGCAUGAUGUUAGUUUCCAUCGGGCUGCCCUGGCCCGCAACUGGUUCGCCAACCGUCAUCAAUUUAAAGUCCUAUACUUUCCCCCUUACACACCAUUUUUAAACCCCAUAGAAGAAUUAUUUUCGGCUUGGAGAUGGCGCAUAUAUGACCGCCAACCACAUGCUCGCAUGCCUUUUCUGCUGGCAAUGGAACAAGCCUGCGCUGACAACGACUUAGGGUCAAUUCAUGGAUGGAUUCGGCACACAAGGCAAUAUUUUCCCAGAUUCUUAGCGGGAGAAAACAUUGCUUGUGAUGUUGAUGAGAUCCUAUGGCCAGACCUCUACAGACUGCAGGAUCCAUAAGCCCACCCACGCACAAUUGCCAUGUUUUUCUGUGUUUACAGUACAGUAGGGUUUAUUUUGUUUUAUUUUUUGCUAAAACUGUAUUUACUGCACUUUAAUGUACAGUGCUGCAAUGUGCAGUUUUUAGUAUUUGAUCUUUUGGUUGUGUUGAAAACGUGCCCUCUGGAACUGAAUAAAAACAGUGAACAUGAAA